AUGACUGUUAAACGGUCGAUUAAUCGCACGGUGGAAGUUAUGCUCGCCAUGUUUGGCGUCUGGCCAGGUAUGCCAUGCGUUAUAAUCUACAGAAUAUUUUGGAUGAUCGCGCUAGCAAUUAACGAGUUCUUCCAUUGUCGAUAUUUUGUGACGCAUUUCAACUUCGAGAAUCUUUUCGAACUGAUGGAUUGUUUGAGCAGUCUGUUGGCGCAUAUUAAACUGACCGUUAAACUCGUCAUCUUCUCGUUAAAACAACACAAAUUCAUCGAAAUUUUGACCACGACGAUGGAGGAUUGGUCCGAUUGCGGUACCAGUGACAUUGUAUUACGCGAAACGGUACGCAAAGCGAAACUAUCGAGUAAUAUUUGUAAUGGAUUAAUUAUUCUUCAUACAAUCGCUGCGUGUACAUAUGUCAUCGGCAUUCUCCUAGCCGAUGCCGACGUUACCGAUCAAUCGAUCGAACUGCCCCUCAUGAUGAAAAUGGAAUAUCCUUUCGUUAUAGACACGCGAUACAAGUACAGAACGGUGUUGGUUACGCAAUUUCUGUUCGUGAUGAUAUGCAGUUGGGGAGCCGGUUUGUUCAACGCCCUGUUUCUAACUCUGGCUCUACAUGUCGGCGGUCAGAUAAACAUCCUGCUUUGCUGGUUGACGAAAAUCAAACCGGAAGAGAUGGGAAAGAAACACGAGUCGAUUGUUACAGUGACGAAAAUCAUUCGGAAACAUCAAAAAAUUAUCAGCCUCUCGGGAAAUAUCGAGAAUCUGUAUUCGCACAUCGCUCUGGUACAGUUUACAUCGAAUACGGUGAUGAUUUGUUCGCUGGGGUUUCUAAUCGUAACAGCAAUCGGCAGUCCCAACGCCACUGAGCAGAUAGGAAGAUCUCUUUUGUUUUACGCUGUAACAAAUCUCGAAACGUUUAUAUUUUGCUUCGCGGGAGAGUAUCUGAGCAACAAGAGUAAAGCAAUCGGAAACGCAGCUUACAAUUCGGCGUGGUACGAUAUGAAGACUAAAGAUAGUCGCACGUUAUUAAUGAUAAUUUUAAGAUCGCAGAGACAAUUGAAACUUACAGCCGGCAAGAUGAUGGAUCUCUCGUUCGAGUGCUUUACAACUAUUAUGAAAGCUUCGGGAUCGUAUUUAUCGAUGUUGCUGGCAAUAAGAUGA